AGUCCACGAGUUCACUCUGACGCGGUCUCAGCGACGCCCUCAGCGGCCAUCAGUUUACCUUCACCUACGGCGCCAACGCCAACGACGCCGCCCAAUUCGAUGGACACGGGACAGACGACCCUAGUCCACGCCCGGCUGGACUCCCGCGACGUAAUGGCCGGCUCCUGUGAUUCUGGUCAGGAGGAUGAAGAGCUGGAAAGUCAUAGUCACCACCACAGCAGUUCCCGCUCGCCCAAUCUGCCUGGAAGUAAAACGUCGGUCAAUGCCAGCGGAUCGACGGCUCCGGCCGGCCGGGAAGACGACGACGACGUCGACAAAAUGAGCGAUUCGACGGCAAAAUCGUCUACAAUCCCGACGGAUCGGCUUACAUCAUUGAGGAGAACAGCCACGGCAGCGACACGGAGGACAGCGGGACGCAGGACCUGGACGACGUGGCGGGCGCCUUCCUGCCUCAGAUUGCCAGCGCCUCGUACGUGUCCCGCCCUCAGGUCAACCGACCCAAUUCCUAUUACGGCAACAGCAGCGCGUACCCGGGCAACGGCGGCAAGAAUGCGGCCAAGUCGGCCGAGCCGGUCAUGCACAGCUUCCGCGUCUACUCUGCCCGUCGCAAUUCGGAUCCGGCGACAAACCCGCCGGCGCCGGCCGCCCUUUUCCACUCCAACUCGUCGGUGCCCAUCAAGCCCAUCCUCAUGUGUUUCGUCUGCAAGUUGUCGUUCGGCCUGGCCAAGACGCUCAUGUCGCACGCCACGGGCGAGCACGGCGUUCGGCUGGACGACGAGGAGAAGCGGAUCCUGUGACAGGCCAACACGUCGGCCAUCCUCCAGCUGGUCGGUAAGAGCAAAGAGCCCGUCAUUUCGUUUCUCGAGCCGGUUACCUCGCCCGCCAAUCAAAUGACGACUGUCGGACAACAGCAGCCCAGCAACAGUCACAACAACAAUUCCUCGCCGGCCGACGAAAUGGACGUUGACGACAUCAAAGCCGAGCCCAUCCACAACGACGAAUCGUUUGAGACCAAGGAAACGCUGGCCGUCUCGACGUUCAACCGCCCAGGUUCAAGUAGUCCCCUCGGUAACAACAACAACAACGGACGGGCGAGCGUGUCGUCGCCGUCCGCCGCCAGUUCGGCCACGCCGUCUCCGCUCUCGCCGCAUCUGCAGCUGACGCCGCCCAACGUCAGCAUCGCCUCGAUCGCGGUGGCGGCCGCCGGAUUCGGCAACCCCUUUUUCAGUCAGCAGCUCCAGCAGCAGCAGCAGCAAAUGUACCAGCAACAGCCGGACGUGGUCCAGGGACUGCUGAGCCCCGGACUGAGCAGUUCGGCGGCGGCCGCCAUGGCCCUGGCCACCCGCAAUUCCUGCAAGACGCUGAAAUGCCCAAAGUGCAACUGGCACUACAAGUACCAGGAGACGCUGGAAAUUCACAUGAAGGAGAAGCAUCCGGAGAGCGAGACGUCGUGUCUCUACUGUCUGACUGGCCAGCUUCAUCCGCGGCUGGCCCGCGGCGAAACGUACACGUGCGGAUACAAGCCGUACCGCUGCGAGGUCUGCAACUAUUCGACGACGACCAAAGGCAACCUGAGCAUCCACAUGCAGUCGGACAAGCACUUGAACAACGCCCAGGAAUUGCAUCACAGCAGCAACGGGCAGCAGCAGCAGCAGCCGGGCGGAGGCGGUGGCGGCGGAGGCAACGGACUGGGCAACAAUAGCGCCCACAAUACCAGCGCCGAAUCGCUGACGUCGCCGUCUAAAACGAGUUCCAGCUCGUCGCUGCUCCAUCACCAGAGCCCCAACAUGACGAGCUCCGUCAACAAUCCGGCGGUGGCCAACAGUUUGACAAACAGUCCGGCCACUUCGUCGUCAGUGUCGUCGAGCCAAUUGGCCAAACUGGCGGCGCCGGCCAACAAGCCGACGUUCCGGUGCGACGUGUGCAACUACGAGACGAACGUCGGCCGGAAUUUGCGGAUCCACAUGACGAGCGAGAAGCACACGCACAACAUGAUCAUGCUCCAGCAGAACGUCAAGCGGAUGCAGCAACUCUCUGUCCUCCAGCAGCAGCAGCAGCAGCACGAUCCAUCUGGCGUCGGCCUCCAAUCGUCGCCCGGUGGAGCCGAAGCCGCUCUGGCGGAUAUGGCCUAUCAGCAGGCUCCUGGGCAAGCCGGACAGUUGGUUGGAGAUCCUCAAUCACCCUGGGCAUCCGGCGGAGCCGCCGGUGGAGGAGGGCAAUCGGGGAUUCCGGGGGCCGGCCCGCUGGCCGAUCCCGGUCUCAAUCCCGAGACGAUGGAGCCGUUGCCCGAGCCGAUGGAAGCCAAUCCGUCGCACGUGUUCCAGUGUCUGGUGUGCAGCGUGUUUUGCGGCGACAUGGCCGAAGUGGUUGCCCAGCACGUCGCGGCCGAUCGAUCGCGUCAGCGCGAGCACGAGGCCCUGCUCCUCAUUGGCGGCCAUUACCUGUGUCGAUUGUGCGCCUACAAGACGACGCUCAAAGCUAAUUUCCAGCUGCACUGCAAGACGGACAAGCAUUUCCAGCGGCUCCAGCACGCCACCCACAUCCAGGAGGGCGGAGCCCGCAACGACUGGAAAUUGCAGUACGUGACGAGCACGACCAAUCCGGCCCAGCUGCGCUGCAACGUCUGCACUGUGUACUACACCAACAGCGUCCACAAGCUCCAGGUGCACGCGUCCAGUCCCCGCCAUCAGCUGGCCGUCGAGCUUUUCCGCUUCGUCUCGGAUGAGGCGGCGGCUCUGGGCCGCUCCGCCAGCGGAGUCCAGUACCAGUGCCGACUCUGCCAGUGCGACUGCCCCAGCAAGACGGCCCUUCUCCAGCACGCCCGCUCGCUGCGCCACUGCCAAUUGGAACAGUUGGCCGAGCUUCAGCGGCGCAGCACGGCCGGUCCCAAGGAGCCGAUGCUGGGACCGCUGGAACUGCGCGACCUUUUCGCCGUCGUCUCUUCCGGCAGCGAUUCGGACGACGAAGGAGCGGCGGCACCACCACAAGUCAAUCCAGCCAAUGGAACAGACGGAGGGAAAAAGAAUCAGAGAGAGAGAGACAGACAAGUCGUGAAAUCACAAAAGAAAACGGUUUGGAUUGGAUCACGAAUGAGUCAUUUGCGGCCGGCCGCAAAGUACGCGCGCGCAACGUCGCAUUCCCCACCUCUUUUUUUUUCUUUCUUCUCUUCUUCGACUCCACAAAUGCUGCCAACGACACCGGGCAAUCCGUUCCACAUCCGAAGCGGAUCGCCCAUGACGAACCUUUCAUUGGCCUCUCUCAUCAAUUCGCAACUGAACGUCGACACCAAGAACUGUCACCUUGGGCCGGGCGGAGGCAUGUUCCCUCCUCGCCCGACCACCAGCGGAUCGGCUCUUCCUAGUCCCGCUGCCGCCGGACUGGCCGGUUUGAGCCCAGGCCGCAUGAGCAGUGACCAAAGCCCGUUCAACUUUUUCGCUACUUCGACGCCAUUGCCGAUGGCUCCUCUGACUCCUCCAGGCGGUGGCGGCGGAGGCAACUCGAGCAGUGGAGGCGGCGGUCCUGGAUCAUCAACUGGCAAACGGGCCAACCGGACGCGCUUCACCGACUACCAGAUACCAAAGGUACUGCAAGAGUUCUUUGAGAACAACGCUUACCCUAAAGACGACGAUCUCGAGUAUCUCUCGAAACUGCUCUCACUCUCACCGAGAGUCAUUGUCGUCUGGUUCCAGAACGCCCGUCAAAAGGCUCGCAAAGUCUACGAGAAUCAACCGCCAGUGGCCGGAGCCGGAACCGACCCGGACGGCUCGGCCCGUUUCCAGCGCACGCCAGGACUCAACUACCAGUGCAAAAAGUGUCUGCUGGUGUUCCAGCGCUAUUACGAGCUCAUCCGCCAUCAGAAAACUCACUGCUUCAAGGAGGAAGACGCCAAACGAUCGGCCGUGGCUCAGACGGCCAAUGCCCAGGCUGCCGCUUGCUUCUCGUCGUCAGACAAUGACAAUAGCAAUUCGAGUUCAUUGGCCGACGCUUCCGUCAUGAGCGGAACGGCCUCGUCAUGUGGUGCUGCCCCUCAAUUGACCAUUUUACCGAAAUCAUCGUCGUCGUCAACCAUCAUCAAGACGGAAUCCAACGUGGCUGCACCCCCACCGCCGCCACCCAAACAGCCGGAAAUGUUCCAAACUCAGCCGGCCCAGCAGCAGCAGCAGCAUCAGCAAAACCAACAGUCGCAAAACGAUUCCGCUUUCCACUGCGAGCAAUGCGGCUUGACAUUUUCGCGAUUCGAUUUGUGGCGCGAACAUCAAAUCGUCCACAUCAUGAAUCCGGAUCUCUUCUCGGGUGGCGCCGCCGCUGCCAAAAUGGCGACCGGAAUGGAGACUCAGUAUGCAGCUCUACUUCAGCAGCAUCAAGCUGCCGUCGUGGCGGCUGCGGCCGCUCAACUCUCGGCCAGUCUGCCGGCAGUCAGCGCCGGAAGCAACGGCCAAAUGACCCCGCCAUCCUCUGGCUCCCUGAUUCCGUCUGGAAGCAAGCGGAAGCACGAAGUGGUUGAGGACGACGAAGAGCGUGGUGGUGGCGGAGGUAGAUGCGGUGGCAGCGGAAGCGGAGGAGGUGGUACCGACGGAGACGGACAACCGCGCGACAAGCGUCUGCGAACGACGAUCCUGCCGGAGCAGCUGGAUUUCCUGUACCAGCAGUACCAGCUGGAAUCGAAUCCGUCUCGCAAGAUGCUGGAGGCGAUCUCACGCGAAGUCGGACUGAAGAAGCGCGUCGUCCAGGUGUGGUUCCAGAACACUCGAGCUCGCGAGCGCAAAGGUCAGUUCCGGGCCCAUGCCCAGGUCAUCAACAAGCGUUGUCCAUUUUGUCCGGCCUUGUUCAAAGUCAAAUCGGCUCUCGAGUCACAUUUGGCCGGUCGUCACCCGGAUCAGUUGGCCAAAGGCGAAGUCAACAUCGACGCCCUGCCCGACAUGACCGACGAAGACUCGGGCACUGGAAUGAACCUGAACACAAGCUCAUCUCCCCAUUUAGGUUCCAGUCACUCUGUCCAGUCCGGAUCCACUUCGGCAGCCGGCGAGGCCAAUUCGGCAGCCGCCAUCCAGGAAGCCCUGACUAAGCGGCUCUCGGCCGUCUCCAACUACCAGCAGUCGAUGGCCUCACUCUCGAUGCUCUCGUCCCUCUACUCCCAGGGCUUUGUAGCUCCUCAUCCCGGCUUCGAGGGCAAGGCCGAGGACGCUCUCAAACGCUACGCCAACGACUAUCUGGCCAAUGCCGGAAACAACAAUGCCACGCCGACUCCGGCGGCCGCACCAACCAACGAGCAACGCCAAUUGACUGGCAAUCCGACCGGAGAGCUGCCACUGGACUUGAGCCGACCUUUGCCACUCCAGCAGGGUCUGGGACAAGUGCGACCGGAAAGCGCCAUGCAGUCGGACGUCGGGACGGACGACAACCGCUCGGAGCACUACAUGGAUUACUUUGACGAGAGCAAUCCGUCUUCCCCUUUACCCUACAACAAAAUGGGCGGCGGUGGAAACCAAAGCAAUUCGGGAAACGCUAGUAUGACGGGCUCGGCUUCCGGCGGACAGAACAAGCGAUUCCGCACUCAGAUGAGCGCCGUCCAGGUGCGCGUCAUGAAGUCGCUCUUCUCCGACUACAAAACACCGACGAUGGCCGAAUGCGAGGCCCUCGGCCGUGAAAUUGGCCUGCCCAAACGCGUCGUCCAGGUCUGGUUCCAGAACGCUCGAGCCAAGGAGAAGAAGAACAAGUUGAACGCUCAGAAAGCGGCCGGCGAUUUGUCCGCAAUCGAGAGCAACGUCGGCGCGAAACAGCCGGACGGUUGCGAUCUUUGCGACUUCAAAUAUUCGCACAAGUACGCUGUCCAGGACCACAUUGUCACGCAUCAGCAUAUCGAGCGCGUCAAAAUCCACGUGGCCGAGCAGUCGGGAAAGCACGGUGACGACAUGCCGACCUCGGUCGCCCGUUCUUCUAAGGGUGGAGGACAUCAGCAAGAAAGUCAGGAGCCGUCGACGCCGACACCUGUCGGUGGAUCCAGCGCCGAGACGACGACGUCGCCACCCAACAGCAGCAACGCGACGGAAUCGGCCCAGCUAGAAGCUCUGCUCCUUCACCAACUCUACGGAAUGGGCUACGGAGCUGCCGGAGUUCCAGCUGCAGCCUUGGCUGCUGCCGCUGCCGCCGCAGCCGCAUCGUCCUCGUACAACAACUCCCAGCAACAGUCGAGCACCAACGUCAUGGCCGGCGGUGAGUCUUGACACGAUCCAUUCUCAAACCUUCUUAACGUCUUGUCAUACUCGUCUUGAAAGUGGAAAGAAAACGCGCAUUCCGGCCUGUUAAAAGACGUUAGACACUCGAUUUGGUCAUCUUUCAUUGGUUCGUGCGGAACGAUCCGUUUGAUGAGAGGCCAACAGCAACCCAAACAAAACAAAAAGGAAAAAAAAAAAGAUUGUCUUGUUGUUUCCAUUCGUUUUGGAUAUUUGUAUGUGUGUCUAUCUAUCUAUCUAUCUGUUAUUUUGGAAUAGGAUGGGAUUUGGGGUGUGUGUAGGCGAAGGCAGCACACACAAACACCUGCACAGACGGGAAUCCGAUGAGGUAGAGGGAUUAAUUAGUUUUCCUUAGCGGGAGAUUCCUGCAUUUUGAAUAAAUUAAUUGCAUCGGCGCGCGUAGCAGCAGCCAAAACGGCCACGUCCUUUCUCUCUCUCUCUCUCUCUCUCUUCGGCUCUUCAUCUUUUUUUUGGGUUUUUGGUUUUGUUUUCCUCUUUUUUUUGUUUGGGUGGGAAAAAAAAUGUUUUCCGAGUGGAAUGAAGAAAGAAAGAAUGAAUGAAAUAAAAGGAAAGAAGAGAACACAGUACGACAGCGGGGGUGGUCGUGGCUUGUCUCACUACAUCACCUGGGCCGCUGCGUUUCAGAUGGGGACCGGCCUUUUU